AUGCGCACGGCACUCCCGUCGAGGCUCGAGAAUUUGGUGCGGGCGGAGUUUGAGGACACAUGCCGCCGCCGCUUCUUUUUCGGUCUGGCCUUUGACCCGUACGGCGGGUCGGCGGGGCUGUACGACCUGGGCCCGCCGCUCUGCGCCAUGAAGGCCAACCUCCUGUCGUACUGGCGGCAGCACUUUGUGCUGGAGGAGAACAUGUGUGAGGUGGACACGACGUCCCUGACGCCGGAGGAGGUGUUCAAGGCAUCCGGCCACGUGGUGCGGUUCAACGACGCCAUGGUGCGGGACACCGUCACAGGCGAGUGCAUCCGCGCCGACAAGCUGCUCGAGGAGUACAGUGAGACGCGGCUCAAGGAUGCCACCCUGCCAAUAGAAACGAAGCAGGAGAUGCAGACGCUCCGUAACAGGGCAGCUGGGAUGACGCCGGCGGAGAUGAAGGCGGUGAUUGAACAUUACCAGGUCAAGUCGCCCAAAGGCAACGCACUCAGCGAGCCGUUUCCGUUCAAUCUCAUGUUCUCCACGAGUAUUGGACCGGAGGGAGACCGUGUUGGGUACAUGCGCCCUGAACUUGCGCAGGGGAUCAUACUGAACUUUAAGAGACUACUCGAUUCAGGCAAUGCGCAGCGCAUGCCGUUUGCAGGGGCGUGCAUCGGCACCGCCUUCCGAAACGAAAUUGCGCCACGCGCAAACCUUAUCCGCGUCCGUGAGUUUACGCUGGCGGAGAUUGAGCACUUUGUCAACCCCAACGACAAGAGCCAUGAAAAGUUUGAGAGCGUCAGGGGCACGGAGUUCUGGGCAUGGUCACGGGAACUACAGGACGCCAAUGCAGACCCUGUUCUUAUGACCGUUGGGGAUGCCGUUGCUAAAAAGAUCAUUGACAAUGAGACGCUCGGCUACUUCAUUGCCCGCACGGUUCUUUUUCUUGAGGCCGUCGGCUUGCGUUUUCUCCGCUUCCGCCAACACCAGCGUGAUGAGAUGGCCCACUACGCACAGGACUGCUGGGAUGCAGAGCUGCUGACAUCUUACGGCUGGGUGGAGUGUGUGGGUAUCGCGGAUCGCUCCGCGUACGACCUCACGCAGCACAGUGCUGCCAGCAAGAAGGAUUUGUUUGCCCGGGAGGAGUUUGCGGAGCCACGCAUCGAGCGCCAGCUGCAGCGCAAACUCCAAAAGGGCGCCAUUGGAAAAGCGUUUGGGAAGAACGCCGGCGAGGUGAUGGAGUACUUGAACACCGCACCAGAGGCAACGUGCGUGGCACUCGGUGAGAAACUGGCGUCAGGAAGCGUGGAAAUCACGACGGCGAACGGGUUUACCGCGACUAUUAAGCCAGAGAUGGUCCAGUUUGAGUUCAAGGAGGUGAAGGUGACGGGGCGAAAUUACAUACCGAGCGUCAUUGAGCCUUCCUUCGGCGUUGGCCGCAUUCUUUACGCACUGCUGGAGCAGAGCUACUGGGUGCGCCGCGACGAGAGUGCCAAGAACGAGAAGCGUGCCGUCUUCAGCAUGCGCCCUGUGAUUGCGCCGCAGAAGGUGGCGGUGCUGCCGCUGCUUGUGAAGCCGGAGUUGUUGCGGGUGGUGGAGGAGAUCCGUGGCGACAUGGUGCUGCGGGGCAUCUCGACCCGCACCGACGACAGUGGCGCCUCGAUUGGGAAGAAAUACGCCCGUGUGGACGAGCUCGGCAUUCCGUUCUGCGUCACGUGCGACUUUGAGACGGACGGAUGCGUCACGCUGCGUGAGCGCGACAGCGCCCGGCAGGUGCGCAUCCCAAGGGAGGCGGUCGCCGACGUGGUGGCGGAGUUGAGCCGCCCGCUACGACCACGCGAGUGGAGUAGCGUCGAGACGGAGUUCCCUGCACAGUCAACAGCAGCGUGA